AUGUCUUCACUGUCACCUGCAACAGCAGCAUCUACACCACCAUCGUCUGUCUUAUUCAGUGCCAGAAGAACAGAAUCUCAUGAUAUUCCUGAUAUUGUCAGUCACAUCAAGUAUGAUACAGAAAGAUUGUUUGGCAGGAUUAAUGUCAUCUACCUUUUAGAAAAAGCCAAUCUCGCAGUGACUUUAACUAAUCAGAAGAACGUAAAUGUUGCCCAUGCGGUAUUUCUGGAUUAUCCGAACUGGGAUAUUGUUGAUCAGGCCCACUGGGAAACUUACUUAGAACAAAACUACGUUCAGAACAUGUGUACACCUUUAAAUACACUCUUUAUGCAUUUGUUUGUGACAACAGCUGAAUAUGCAGUUGACUGUUGCCACGAAAUUAUGAAGACUAUCUUUAAAACAGUACCAGAGCUGCAUUUCAUACUUCUCUUCAUCCCCUCUCAAGAGGACUUUGAUAUAGACUUAGCGACUGCUUUUGUGCCAAUGAAGAGUGCACCAAAUUCAUCUUUGAAUGUGGGCUAUAGUCUGUAUGUGUCACACAGGCACCAAUAUUGUCCCCAACUUCAUGUCCGCUAUGCCAGGGUGGAAGACCACGAUGAUCUCACCCCUCUCUUUGCACGCCACAAUGAUACUCUGAUACAAACUUAUGGAGAAUACUUUCUUGCUGAAUUGAUAGAAGCACAAGAUGAAGAGAAUAUUGCUGUAGUUUGUGAGGAUAAUGGCUUAGCAGUGGGCUUCAUGAGUGUAUGCUCUGAAGUGAAUAUACAGUUGCUUCAUGACUGCUUUGAGCUGAGUCCUUUCCACGGCCUCUGUAAACCACACCCAGAUGACAUUCUUGAGCCACUAUGGGUAGCAAGUGACACAGGAACCAGCAGCCUAGUAAGCGAAAACCAAGAUACUUCUGUUAUAGAUAUAAAGAGAUCUAGCAAAAUUGGAAGCAUCCUUUCUCAAGCAUCAGAUGCUGGUACAAUACUGUCUUCAAAAGGAAGUAUUCAGCGUAAACUAUCAAAGAAAGAGAGAGUACUUGCUCUAUCUUCAUUAGAACUGCCAUUAGACAGAGACGGAAGCAGUGUUUUGAAAUCCACUGAGACCCUAUCCAUUCUCAGUUUUGAGAGAGAACCAUUCCACAUCCUAUACAAAGGAGCAGUAAAUGCUUUUUGUAUUCAGCUCUUUUGCAUUGAUGAGAAAUAUGAAACAAGGUCAUUGGACUUCCUGCACUUUGUUUUCAAUCUUUUCCCAGACAAAGACUUUUGCAUUAUAUCAGUGCCACAUCUGGUUCCUGAAUUUCAUCUGAUCCAGAACUUCGUCCGAAUUGUCCCCUUUAGUAAUUGUACACUGGAUCACGAGCUCUAUGUGUUUCACCGUACUGGAUUACUCAAGUCUUUUCUUGUAAGAGCAGCAAGAUCUGGUGAUGUCCCCUCUGUUGAAGAGCUAAUCAAAACCUUGGAAUUGAACAGAAGUAUACUGGAUGACUUAAAUAAGUACAUAUCAGCACGAAGAGAUUCAGAUGGGACACCAGUUCAGGCAUUUGUAGCAGAGGUUUUGGGUCAAAUAGUUGGUAUAGCAGUUAUUAGGAAUGAAAUGGAUAUUGAAUAUAUUCGCUCCCACUACAACAUUGAAGACUUUAUUUAUUACAGUCACCACCAACAGGAAGAACACGGUCACCUUUAUCAUUUUGCUCUGAAUCCAAUCUUUCACCACUAUGCCAAACAUUUUUUGAAGGAAAUACUUCGGCUAGCCCACAAAUCUUGCCUCUAUUAUCCUAUUUAUCCCCAGCCGGAAGAAGGCAAGUUCCAGAAUCCGUGUGCCCAUUCUUUGACAUCUGCCCUUCAUUACAUGGUUCCCGUGCGACCAAGACGACAGAUUGUCUAUCCUCUGGAAAAACUUGGCAUAAACGCUCCAUCAAAAGAGGUCUCUAAGGAUCAGUCAAAGUAUUCACUGAACCACUUCAAUCGGAAGUUGUCCCUGGAGCCUAAGGUGUCAGUUAAUGCUAGAAUAGUUGUAGUUGGGGCAUCAAAUGUUGGAAUCUCCUUCCUGGAAACACUGAUUUUUUGCCCACACCUGAAAUUCAACAAUCUUACUUUGGUUUCAACUCAUGGACUUCCGGGGAAAAAUGUGUCAAACAAUCUACAUAAGCGUUUUUUAAUUAACAGCCACUGUUUUAAUGAGGAUGACUAUGCACUGAUGUCACUUGGUUCUUGGAUUAAUGUUGUGGUUGGAAAAAUGACUGGCAUAGACAGAUCUGCAAAGCAUGUAGUUGUUUCCAAGGGGAGAAAAGUGCCAUAUGAUCAUCUCAUUCUUUGCACUGGCCAACAGUUUCAGGUUCCAUGUCCUACUGAAGCAGACAUCAAAAAAUUGUUCACCAAUAGAGAGGUCUCAAAUAACUGUAACCAAAAAUAUACAGGAGUCGUGCCUUCCAAUCUUUUUGUUAUUUGUGAUGAUGAAGAUGCCUUAAUCGCAAUGAAGUGGCUGAAAGAAAAAGUUACUUAUUCUACAGGGAAUGUUAUUGUGUAUGGGAAUACAAUUGACACUUACACUACGAUAGAGUCCCUCUUAUCAUUAGGAAUUAAUGGCAGCCGCAUACACCUCGUGCAUCAUCCAUCGCACUCCAAUGUUACUGCUCUCAAUAACAACGCAAUAGAAAAGGCGGUCCAUAAAGCAUUGGCCAAUGCUGAUGUGACUGUGUAUCAUGAUAGUCUGCUAGCUCAGUGGAAUGAUGGCAACCACCCGGACCCAAUCGCAUUUGCGUCUUUUACUACUAACACAAAGCCAUUUAGAUUGCAAUGUUCUGCAUUCUUUAGUUUUACCCACAAGUCAGUGGAUUAUGAGACCUUCAAGGCAGUUAAUGAUGCAUGUCUUGUUUAUGAUGGGAGGCUUGUGAUAGAUACCAACUUCCAUACCAAUGAUGUGACCAUAAGAGCUGCAGGUCCUUUAACCAAGUUCUCCAAGAUCUACUAUGCCAAUGAAUGGACACACAGCAAUUUCAGCUCAAAGGAGAUUGGCUUCCAGCUUGCUGCAACCAUGCUGAAUCUUUUUGAUCCAACUCUGGAACCAGUUUUUGAACCUCCAGAAGAUAUGGACAGGCUCAUUCCUAUAUACAAGGGAUGCAAAAUUCAAGGUGGUGUUCUACCUGAAAAAUAUAAUUAUGUGCACAUUUUUAAACCUGGAAUUCCUACUCGCUUGGAUGUACAAGAAGUACAACCUAAUUAUGGAAUGGCAAUCACCACAGGAGAUGCUGUAAAAGGGAAUUACUUCAGGAUACAUGUCAACCAGUACAGUAUGGUAGAAACCAUUACCUGCUUUUCAAAGAAGCACAUUCCUGCCUCCAACUACAUCUGCUUAUUUGGACAGCAUGAGCGUCUCCUUAAUAACCUUUGUUCUCGCUGGACGGAGGGACUGAUCACAAAUCUCUAUAGCUACUUGAAGGAACCUUGGGCCUUGGCCAUCUAUCACGAUCGCUUUAUUGAUCUGAAGAAGGAACUGCGCCAGAUCCUAGUAUCUGUUCAGGAAGAAGGUGUUCCUUCAAUUGAAGAACUCGUUCGCCAAGUGGUGGAAGGUGAACUCACAUUACUGGAGAGACCAAAGACAUACCUCAAACGGUCCUUUAAGCAAACCAUCUACAAGAACCUGGUUGAGAAAAGCAUUCUCAAUUAUCUGAACUAUAACAAUUAUCACCUUCCAAUGUAUGCCUGGCCAGGGAUAGUUUAGCUUUGGGUAGCUAACGAUGGCUCUUUUUACUCCUUGUAACGGUAGUCUCUAACUAAAUGCUUAAGUUCUAACUGUUCAUACUGUAAACAAUAUGAAAUCUGCCUUAUUUAAAUACCCCAGUAGGUGGAACAUAACUCUGAUUUUGUAAUUCGGCAAAGCACUUUUUUAAAAAGCCAUGCCGUUAAGUGACUAUACAAAACAAUGACUAUACAUGGCAACACAUUCUGAAAAGUAACCAUUCAUGAUAUACGUGUAAGAUGAUGGAAUAAU